CUGGGUUUCUCUGUGCUGUGUGAAUCUGCGGUGAUGUAUCAGUGUCCUACUGGAUACCUGCUCCAGGGAGCCACACAAAUCACCUGUGACCCCAACACCCACCAGUGGACCCCACAAACGCCCACAUGCCAAGAUAUUGAUGAAUGUUCCACUCAUCCGUCCGUCUGCCCUCCACACCUGCAGUGCUUGAACACACCUGGAGGUCACACCUGCACAGAACCUGCAGCUCCGCCCCUUUCCGCCUCCUCCAUUGUUGCAUCAGUGGUGUCAGUCCUAGGGGGCGUGGCUUUGAUAGUGCUCUUCCUCGCCUGCUACCAAAGGUGUAUUGUUCCUUCGGAAAGCCGAGCCGGUGAAGGUGGAAUGCUGUCGGAGAAGCUGAGAUGGAUUCAAGGGGAAACUGGUUUGGAAAACGUGCAGAUUUUGGUCCUAGAUGGUCUGUGUUUACAUGUUUCAUAACCACAGUCUCAUUUCACACCGCUCGACCGGAAACACCGGACGGAAACACAUUAAUGAAACGUGUGUGAACAUGAAUGAAAGCAUUUUUAACAUUUCUCCCAGUG